ACCAACAAGAAAUGUUGCCAAAAGUAUUCAUUGUUUGGUUUGCCUUGAUUGGUGCAAUUUGGGCUGAACCAACAGGAAUUUCAGAUAGUCCAAGACUAAUGGAACUUAUGUUGCGUCAAUCAAAAACGGGAGAGAACAUUGAAUGUUUCCCUGUGUACUUGCCUAUUUUGCAAGAGAUUGACACACAAUAUAGAAUCGAUUAUACGAAGUGUUGGAGCGAUCGUCAAUCUGGAGCUAGUGGAAUCGAGGAACUUUAUUCCGAGUCACGAAAGAAUCUAUCAUCGUCUGCCUAUGACAUUUGUGGCCCACUUUUACAAUGCGAUCCCCAGCAGAGUGAAACGCAAAGCGUGUUUGAGUGUUACGAUAAAGUUGGUAGCGAGAAGUCCAUUCCCCUUAACAAUCUAUCCCUGGAUGGAGCUCAAUUGGCACGUGAAAUUGCCGAAGAUUUUCGUCGCAUUGACAUUAUUGCCGAGGCAUGUUAUGCCGAAUCUUAUCGCACCUAUUCGAAUAAUCGGAAUAAUGAAGAGUCCAAUUUAGAGGAUUGCUUGGCGAAUGGUCUCUCCAAGGCGGAUGCAACAUCAUCGGUGACAUUAUGACUUCUGAUCGAUACAAUAGUUCUAAAGAACUAAGCAAGUUGCCAAAUAAAUCUAUCAACUUUGGGGAUACACUUUCGAUAAAAAAUCCCAUGCAUCACUAAA